CCACCACAUUGGUGGGAGGUGAUGUCAGAGUGGUUUCCCUGCAGGGACUCUGAGAGAGGAGCACACCUGGCACCUGGUGACCCCCGCGGUGAUUUCUCGGGACGAGGAAGAGUCUGGCAGCGGAUGGCAGGAGGAAGCAGGGCUCUGGCCUGCUGGUGAAGGGAGCCAGGCCUACAUUAGAGUGUAUCUUCUGUGGAGAAGCAGCGCUUCGUUCUUAAAGGGACAGAGUGCAUUUGUGAGAGCCUUUUGCAGACUAACAUCCUGAUGAUGUUUUUAGCUUCUGAUUGUAAUAGAUUUUAGAGCCUACUGGAUAAGAUCGUAUGAGCAGUGACCUCGUGCUCCACUAACAUGGCCUCAGAGAAGGACCUAGACAAGAGCUGGGAGGAGAAGCAGUGCCCAGAGAGUAAGAUGGAGCAGACCAAGUGCAGCCUGAAGAAUGAGGAGAAAGAUCUCAAGACAGAGAAUGAUAAUGAGGGGAAUGAUGACUGUGAUGAUGUUGAGUAUGAGGAUGAUGUUCAGGGUGAAGAUGACCAUGAUGAGGAGGAGGAAUAUGAAGAAGAGAUUGAGUUGCUCUCAGCCCCCUCUAUGCCAGUCAAGCAGCUGCCUCAGUGUCCUGAGUGUGGGCAGAGCUUCAAAGGGCACUACAGGUUGAUUGAACACCGCCGAAGCCACACGAGCGAGAAGCCCUUCAGCUGUGCUGACUGUGACAGGAGAGUCACAGAGCGCUCCAGUCUCAUUGUCCACCGCCGAACCCACACGGGCGAGAAACCCUUCAGCUGUGCUGACUGUGACAAGAGAUUCAUGAGGCGCUCAGACCUCAUUAGACACCGCCGAACCCACACGGGCGAGAAGCCCUUCAGCUGUGCUGACUGUGACAAGAGAUUCAUGAGGCGCUCCACCCUCAUUAGACACCGCCGAAGCCACACGGGCGAGAAGCCCUUCAGCUGUGCUGACUGUGACAAGAGAUUCAUGAGGCGCUCAAACCUCAUUGCCCACCGCCGAACCCACACGGGCGAGAAGCCCUUCAGCUGUGCUGACUGUGACAUGAGAUUCACACAGCUCUCAAACCUCAUUGUUCACCGCCGAACCCACACGGGCGAGAAGCCCUUCAGCUGUGCUGACUGUGACAUGAGAUUCACAAAGCUCUCAAACCUCAUUGUCCACCGCCGAACCCACACGGGCGAGAAGCCCUUCAGCUGUGCUGACUGCGGCAAGAGUUUCACUCACAAGUCUGAUCUCACCCAGCACGGCAGUGUGCACACCACUGAGAAGUCCUUCAGCUGUGGGGACUGUGGGAAGACCUUCAAACGCAGCUCCACUCUCACCAUCCACCGCCGCACCCACACCAGAGAGCACCUGUACCCCUGUGCAGAGUGCAGCAAGAGCUUCACCACGAGCUCACAGUUGAUCCAGCACAGACUCAUCCACAGCGGUGAGAAACCCUACAGCUGCAGGGACUGUGGCAAGACCUUCACCCAGAGCCAUCACCUCACCCAGCACCGUCGUGUCCACAGCGGUGAGAAGCCCUUCACCUGCUCUGACUGUGGCAAGAGCUUCACCCGCAGACACACUCUCACUUCCCACCACUGUACCCACACUGGCGACCAAGCCAUGCUGCAGGGCAAGCACAAAUAGUCCCAGCCCGGGUCUGUGGGGGUUAUUGCACCCUCACCCUGAGAAGGCCUUUCCAGCAGAUUGAACCAAAAUCUCCUCUUUUCCAGAUGCAUUUCUCAGAGGCUGGGGGCUCCAGCAGGAACCAACACCUCCUGCCCUGUUGAGCACCAAUCAGUGCUGCUGAGAAUCAUGGCAGUGCUGAGUCAGCACAGCCAGAGCUGCUGUUGGAGCUGGGCUGAGCUGUGCAGGGAUUUGUCUGGUUCUCUCCCCCUAUGCUUUGUGUGUCCCUGGGGUAAAGCCCCUCCUGCCCCGUGCCCAGGUGUGUCAAUAAAAGCCCACAGUGACCCAAA